CUCUUUAUAGCAACGGUAAACUGCACAAUGUCUCCAGCUCACAGUGAGAGCAGAUUCCAAACCACUCCUCUUCUCUCAACAAGACAAUGACGUGGGAGAAAGAAAGGACAAGAAAAGCAGAAAGAAGGGGUUAGUUAAGGUGAGAAUGUGAAUAUAUGUAUUCAUACAUAGAGAGAGAUCAAAUAGAGGGAAAAAGGAAGAGACUCCUGCAGUGGGCUGAAGAAAGUAUAGAGUCUGCCAGUAGGUGUUCAGAUACAGAGAGAAAAGAAGCAUCUCGAAACACAGUGUAGAAGGACAGCAUUUGCAAGGGAAAAACAGUUAAAUAAGGAUUAACAGAGGCCCCAGCCCAUUUGUUGUCUCAGCCAUGAACCUGAGCUUGAUGCUUUCCUUGUUUUUCCUCACUCAUCCUUACUCGGCCAUGGGUGGUAGAGCUCAGCGUAGACAGAGACAAGCUGAGGAGAGCCUGAGACCGUAUAUUGGCCGAGUUGAGCCAGAAACACUUUGUGAGCUACUGAAAUGCCACAGUCCAGUGGGUUCCUGGUGUCAGGUAGUUGAAGAGAAAGGAAUCCCUGUCCCCAAAUGUAUUUGUCCUCAGUCAUGUCCACGGCAGAGGGCACCAGUGUGCAGUGUUGUAGGAAAGACCUAUGGGAAUGAAUGUUUGCUUCACAAAGAGGCCUGCAGAAAGAGACGCCGCAUCAGUCUGGCUCACUCAGGGCCCUGUCUGGUCCCCAAAUCUGAAUGCACUGAGGAGGAGCUUGGCCAGUUUCCAUAUCGUCUCAUGGACUGGUUUCUGCUGCUGAGUCGCAUGGGGAAGUCCUACACACCUGCAGCUCUUCCCCAGACCUGCCUCAGCCACACCCAGAGGACACAGCUUGCAAAGCAAAGAUUCACAUUAUUGGACAAGAACAAAGAUGGCAAGUUGAGCCGUAGGGACCUGAGGAAGCUACAUUAUAAGAGGAUGCCUUUGGAGCACUGUGCUACAUCAUUCUUCAGGUCGUGUGAUUAUAACAGGAAUAAAAAGGUGACCCUGAAAGAAUGGACAACCUGCUUGGUGGAUCGUUCCGAGACUUGGUUUCAUCAUUUCAUGUCUGUGAAAAUGGGGUCCAGCAAGCUGUGUGCUUCGAUCAAAGAGAACGAUGAGAAGCAGCCCUGAACUCCAACUCUCUCUAACACAUAGAUUAUCAUACUGGAUUUAAAAACUACAGGAUCUACACUUACAGCUCGUUUAUCUGUUUCACGCUUUGUGAUAUGGUGAUUUAUGACAUCAUCAAAACUGAGCAUUCACUCAUUGUUCUCUGUGCAAUCACAUGCCAGUUUAAACAAGAAAAAUAAUUGUCUGAAAAGAAUGAUUGCGAGUUGCAUUUACUGCUAAUUACAUUUGCUGACAUUUAUGAAAUUAUGUUGUAAAGGACGAGGGACAGUAGGCUAUAUUGAAAUCAAAUUAUCAUGGUAUAGCAAUGAAUAACCAAUUAACAGGGAGAAUGGCAGCAGUGCAGACAAACAGCAUGAUGUAGGCCGACAGAGAUUGACCAGAUAGAUGGGAAAGGAAGAUAUGGAGAGAAGAAAUGCUUACUGUGAGAUGACGUGACCAGGGAAGAGACAAAGGGAUUGUAAAAGGGUGAAGCCAAGAAGUAGCUAAGUGUUAUAAUUCAAUGGAGGAGAGUGAAGGAGGAAAAGAAAAGGAGGCUGAAGGAAGGAGAUUGAAAGUGUGUUUUUGAAAGAUGGGAAGAGGUAAUGCACUGUAAAUGGGAGUUGAGAGUAAUGGAGUAAUGCAUAAAAAAUGGAUCAGAAAUAAGGAAAAGCCUGAGAAUAGAGAGUGAUGGGGGAAGGGACGACUGAGGAGGCAGGGGGAACUUAGAGAAGAGGAAACGCAUCAAAAUGCUGCAAAACAUUUCCUUUGCUGUCAGACUGUUCUGUAAAUAGCAUCACGGAGUAUGAUGCAGAAUAUUUCAAACACCUGACCUCUAUCAAAGUAUAAAAUACUUACAUAACCAAAGCUUGCUGACUGUUUUUAUGUGUGUGUGUGCCAUCUAUAAAACAUACUGCUCUGAAAACUUUUGUUACUUCUUGUUUUUUUUUUCUGUGCUGAGAGAACUUUUGUAAGGUUGAAAUGAUGUUAUUGCUUCUUCAUCCUA